ACCUCCUCUCUCGCAUCCGAGCGCCAUAAUCCCACAUUCAAGUGCCCGGUACUCUCAGGACAUCCACAUGGAUCCCAGGGAUCAGAUCAUCAAACUGCUGGUGGGUGCGUUUCCGACAGAUAUCCUCCAUGUCCAUGAAGGCGUACUUUGCAAGAGCUCUAUAUUUCUCAAAAACGCUCUGAAGCCUGAGUGGGCUGGGCAAAGAGAUGACCCACAUACCAUCGAUCUCUCCGAUGAGCGUUUCGAGACUGUCAAAGCUUACAUCAACUGGCUGUACUCUAGCAAAUCGGCGGUGAUACCGCUCGAGGACAAGUCCAUCUACGCUAUGCUGCAGAAUGAAGAGGCUCAAAACCUCUUCAUAUCGCUUGCUAAAGCUUAUGUUUUCGGGGAGAAGUUGCAAGAUAUAGAGUACAAAAACCUGGUGAUCAAGGAUAUGGUUGUGGUUUGGGAUGCCUUAAGAUGGUCUCCUGGCCCAGAAUGCACAGCAAUUAUCUACAAUGGAACCUCAACUGGAUCUCCAGCUAGACGCUUUCUUACUGAUAUCAUCGCCUACACAGCCCAUUACGAUCCAGACGAGCCGGUAGGAUGGAUGAGCUUCAUCGAUGAAAUCCCUUACGAAGCGUUGGUAGACGCGAUGAAGGCUACGAUCAAGCUAAGAUCGGCUUUGAAUAGUUCUUAUAUCACGAACUCGUCGUACGUCGAGGAAAUUGUGCAAUAGAAUCCGUGAAAAAUGCUCAACUCAAAGCCUCAUUCUACGAAAGACAAAGAGCGAAAGUCAAAAGAGAUGACAACCCAUACAAUGAGGGUUGACGAGCUUAUAGCUGGGCGAAAGGAAACAAAAUGGAUAUCUCUAUUCUGGCAACUCGGUGGAACAAACGUGGAUGAUCGAGUAGUCUGACAGCUACGUAAUUGGAUAAUGAACUACCAAAACCC